UGCACUCGUGGGAAAACCGGCAUUCAUUCUCCAUCCUAUUUUACAGCUGAAUCAAGACUGGGGGAAAACAUCCAAGCUGCAACUCCCGAGAGAACAGAGGGAUCUAAAGAAAUCUCACCGUUUAUUCCUUCGAAAAAGCGAACAUUUUGUGUCUCUGUCAGGCGUGCGUCAACUUCUUCCUGCGCGCGCGACUGUGGAUUUGGGAACGCGAGCGCACCUGCUUUCACCUGAUUUGAGAAAACAGUUUACCGAAAUACUUUAGAUACAUUCCGAAAGGAUCGUUUUGCUUUGCGGACGGCUGAACGGAGGAUUUCCAAGUGCGGUCUUUUAUCAUUCCUUCUGUGUUUCGGAUACCCGAAGUGAAACUAGUGUCAGGUAGCGCUCCUCUUUCCGAAAUCUGUGUGAUGUUAACUUGAGAACGCCAUUUAAAAACACCCGCUAUUCUGAAUUGCGAACACAAAGAGGAUAUGAGAAGAGUAAAUAUGUAUGGCUGAAGGAUGUGGGCUCGGAGUGUUGGUCCGAGACCGCCUGACCCGAUGCUCUUAUGGGAGGGGAUGGUGCUCUGCGUCCGCUGGGUUUGUGUGCUCGUGUCUGUGGCUCUGUAUGUGGGCUCCGCGGAGCCGCUCGGGUGGCUGCUGUCCGAUAAAGGUCCUUUCCACCGCUCCCAGGAAUUCAUUGAGUUCACCGAGCGGUACCAGCACGGCUUUACGACCAGAUACAAAAUAUACAGGGAGUUCGGCCGCUGGAAGGUCAACAGCCUUGCUGCAGAGAGACAAGAAGGCAAUGGUGCGGCCGUGCCCUUUGACCCUGAAUUCAUCCAUAACGUCAGGCUUCUGGGGAGAAGGCCAAGUCUGCAGAAAAUCACCGACACCAUCAUUAAGAAAUACGGCACUCAUUUCCUGCUCUCUGCCACUCUGGGAGGCGAGGAGUCCUUGACGAUUUUUGUGGACAAAAGCAAGCUCAGCAGAGGUCAGCAGAACGGCGAUGUCUCCAAUGGGACAGGCGGCUCGCUGACCCUAGAAGCCCUCCACCAACUGGCCGCAUCCUAUUUCAUCGACAGAGACAGUACACUCCGGAAACUCCAUCACCUCCAGAUCGCCUCAACUGCCAUUAAGGUAACCGAAACCAGGACCGGCCCUUUGGGCUGCAGUAACUAUGACAACCUCGACUCUGUCAGCUCCGUUCUGGUGCACAGCCACGAGAACAAAGUUCAGUUGCAAGGACUUCAAGCUAUUCUGCCUGCUUAUUUAAGGAGUGGCUUUGUUCAGGCCGCCUUAGGCUACAUAGGCUGCAAUGCUGAAGGCCAAUUUGUGUGCAAAGACAAUGAUUGCUGGUGCCAAUGCGCUGCGGACUUUCCUCAGUGUAACUGCCCAGAGGCUGAUAUCCACUCCCAGGAAAGUUACCUGGAGCGCAUGAGGGACGCCUGGAGGCUGGAGAACCAGGAAUUUCAACACUCAGAUGAGUUCCAGAGUUUCAUGGGUAAACUACCAACACAGAGCGCUCUCAAUUCAUCAAGAAUCCAGCAGUUGUGGAGGACAGACAGCGCUCUACAGCAACGCUACAGGCAGCUAGAAAGCCGCAUUAGCCUCCUGCUUUCCAAGACCCGGCGAACUGCUAACAAGCUCUUCAGCCUCAGCAAGAGAUGCCGCACGCAGCCCAAAAUAGUCUCUCUGAGGGAAAGGCCUUUGAGCUACUGGCUGCAGUUCAGCUUGUCCAUCCUGUACUGCAGUGAGAACAACCAACUUGGAUUUUACACAGAGGAAUUACGGACUUGUGCCUGUCCGUACGAGAACCCCUCGUGCCAGGGUGUCGUCCCCUGCGAGGUGGGUGAUGGCCACCGUUGUGCUUCUUGCUCCGUGGACAACCGUACUCGCUGCUCCAGCUGCAACCCAGGUUAUGUUCUCAGUCACGGGGUUUGUAAAUAUGCAGUACCCAACCCCACCGACCACUAUCUUGGAUUUGAGACGGAUCUACAAGACCUGGAGCUCCGCUACCUACUGCAGCACCGAGACGGCCGCAUCACAACACAUGCAAUAUUUGUAAGCAACGAUGUGCGCCUCAAUGUUUGGUUUGACCCAUCAUGGAGAAAAAGGAUGCUACUUACACUCAAAAGCAACAAGUUUAAAUCAAGUCGCGUCCAUAUGCUCCUGGGCGUCUCGGUGCAGUUCUGCAUGACCAAGAACUCCACCAUAGAGCCUGUGUUUUCUGUCUAUGUCAACCCUUUCGGAGGGAGCCAUUCAGAAAGCUGGACCAUGCCAAUCAAUCAAAAUAGCUACCCAGACUGGGAAAAAACAAAGCUGGACAUUCCUUUGGAUUGCUUCAACUGGACCUUGACUUUAGGGAACCGGUGGAAGAGCUUUUUCGAGACUGUUCACUUCUACCUGAGAGGUCGCAUUCGGACAGAGUCCUCUCAGGGGAACGAAACGGUCUACGUUGAGCCCCUAGAAGCAACAGAUGCCUCACAGAACUUUGGAUACAUGAAGAUCAACAGCAUGCAGCUGUUUGGUUACAGCAUGCACUUUGACCCGGAGGCUAUCCAGGACCUGAUCCUGCAGUUGGACUAUCCGUACACUCAGGGAUCUCAAGACUCGGCUCUGUUGCAGCUAAUGGAGAUCCGAUAUCGGGUCAAUAGACUGUCUCCUCCUGGACCACUGCCAUUAGACCUGUUCUCCUGCCUACUCCGACACAGACUCAAACUGUCCAGCUCAGAGGUACAGAGAAUACUCGCCACACUACAGACUUUUAGUGCCAAACAGCCGUUCUACAAAGAGUACGAAGCUGCAAAACUUUGUAGCUAGAAAGCAAACCCAUUUAUUUUUUUGCCAUUGAUGUUUUGCUUUACUCGCUGAGAAGUUAAUUGAACUGAAAAUUAUUUUAUGAGGGAGGGGGGGUCACUGUUGUCGCUGUUUGAUAUGAAGUCAUUACUGUUCAUAGACAUGGUAUAUAUUUGAUGUCUUUGGUUCAAAUAGUAGUUCAGAUGAAACAAAGUUUUGCACAAUUUUAUCAAUUCUGCCAUGUUUGAAUUAAAUAAAGCAGGCAAAAAGCUAGUUUAAAACAAAAUUAUUUCUGUUGUGUUUGUAGCACGUUGAUUGUA